ACAAUUAGUGUAUUUUCAUUACGCUUCAGUUUCUGUAGCGAACUGGACGGUUGUGUAAUUGGCGCUGCAAUAUAUUUUUUUUUCUUUAAUAUUGUAUUGUAAUGGAAAUAUCUGCGAAAAUGGAUAAUUCGAGCAAUUCAACACCGCUACCACAACGACAAGCAAGAGCUAAUAAUCAACCUAAUAAAAAUAUCGGAAAACACGGCCCACAGAAGCAAAUUGAUGGUGCCACAGAUGGUGGUCCAGCAGAGAAACGCCAACGUUUUGGGCCGAACAAUCAGAAUGGUGUCGGCGGUGCAGGCGGCGGCCAGAAUCAAAAUAAAAACUUUGGGAACAAGGGUGGAUUUGGAGGAGGUGGAAAUCGUAACCGCAAUCGUGGCGGCAACCAAAAUAGGUCGAAUUUUCAAAAUCUAAAUCAACAAAAGUCCACAACCGAGCCACCGAAACCGGACGGAGGAAAUCUCAAUGACAAAGCUAACGAAGUUAACAAUCCGAAUCAAUCCAAUUCUAAUUCAGCUGCCCAAGCCCAGGCACAGCUUCAAGCCCAGGCUCAAGCUCAGGUCCAAGCCCAAGCUCAAGCUCAUGCCCAUUUGGCAUUUAGGGCUCGCGGCGGAGGCGGUAGUGGUGGUGGCGGCGGUGGUAAUGGCGGCGGAGGCGGCAAUGGACGUGAUAGGAAUCGCGGAUCGCGUGGUGGUGGCGGUGGCGGCGGCGGUGGUGGUGGUGGCGGCGGCGGCGGCGGUGGUCCUAAUUCUGGCGGCGGGAACAAUUCGCAGCGUGGUGAUGAUUUCUUUAUUGCCCAACGCUUACGUAGCAUUUGUGGUCCCACCCAUGAACUGCCACCGAUUGAAGUCGCCCAAGAGACCAAAUUCUCUGGCCGCAAUCGGCUCUAUGUUGGUAAUUUAACCAAUGACAUUACCGAUGAGGAGUUGCGCGAAAUGUUUAAGCCAUAUGGCGAAAUAGGCGAGAUAUUUUCAAACUUGGAAAAGAACUUCACAUUCCUUAAGGUCGACUAUCAUAUUAAUGCCGAAAAGGCCAAACGCGCCUUAGACGGUUCAAUGCGCAAGGGGCGUCAAUUGCGCGUCCGUUUCGCCCCCAAUGCAACUAUCUUGCGUGUUAGCAAUCUGACGCCAUUUGUCUCCAACGAGCUGCUCUACAAGGCCUUCGAAAUCUUUGGGCCCAUUGAGCGGGCCAGUAUUACAGUCGACGAUCGUGGCAAACAUUUAGGCGAAGGUACUGUUGAGUUUGCCAAAAAGUCAUCUGCCAGCGCCUGCCUCCGCUUGUGCAAUGAGAAAUGCUUCUUUAUAACAGCCUCGUUGCGUCCGUGCUUGGUGGAGCCGAUGGAAAUCAACGAUGACAAUGACGGACUGCCUGAGAAGGCGCUUAAUAAGAAGCUACAAGAGUUCAAUCAGGAGCGCAGCGUUGGCCCCCGUUUCGCUGAUCAGAAUUCAUUUGAGCACGAGUACGGCUCCAGAUGGAAGCAGUUGCAUGAUCUGUUUAAAAGCAAACAAGAUGCUCUCAAGCGCGAGCUCAAAAUGGAAGAAGAAAAACUUGAUGCUCAGAUGGAGUAUGCUCGCUAUGAGCAAGAAACAGAACUUUUGCGUCAAGAAUUAAGAAAACGCGAAUCUGACAAUGAGCGCAAGAAGUUGGAAUGGGAAAUGCGUGAAAAACAGGCCGAGGAGAUGCGUAAACGGGAGGAAGAAACCAUGCGUCGCCAUCAGACUGAAAUGCAGAGUCGCAUGGUACGCCAGGAGGAGGAUAUGCGCCGUCGCCAGCAGGAAAACACAUUGUUUAUGCAGGCCCAGCAGCUAAAUACAUUGCUAGAUCAAAUCGGUGGCAACAACGGUGGCGGCGGUGGUGGCAAUUCUAAUUUUGAUAAUUUCGAAGGCAAUAGCAAUUCGCCAUUUGAAGUAUUCCGAGGUAAUAACAACUCGUCCAUGGCCGGCAACAAUGGGCCUGGCGGAAAUAAUCAACAGCAGGACUCCUUCGCUGCUUUUGAAUUUGGGGUUAACAAUAUGAACCAAGGUGGCAAUCAACGUGGAAAUAAUGGAGGAAAUAAUGUUCCAUGGGGACGUCGUCGUUUUUAGACAACCGUUGAGAUAAAAUGCAUGGACCAGUAUGGAAAAUCGAUCUAUCUAUCGAUGAAUUGAUUUACGUUUUACACACUCGACACUUCACAUAUAUUUGUGUGAAAAUUCAUUUAAUAAAAACAAAAACAAAACCGAAAACUUAUGGAGCAUACUUAACAUACAAUACAAAACAAUAUAUUAUCAACCUGAUGCACCAAAAAAA